AUGGUGCUGGUGAACCCCCAGAGUGGGCGGGGCCAGGCGCUCCAGCUUUUCUCCGGGCACAUCGAGCCCAUGCUCACCGAGGCUUCAGUCCCCUACACAUUGGUCAUCACUGGUCAGUCCCCUACACACACUGGUUACACACCUACCUCCCUGAGCCCUGUUAUCUCACUGCCCUGAUUGCGCACACAUGCAAACACACACACGCACACACACACACACACACACACACAGUGUGUGACUCUGCACUGUCCUGUCGGAUCCCCUGCUCCCAGUAUUAUAUACUCUCAACUGUUUUUCACUUACAGUAGCAAUGAGGUCAAAGUCACUGAACUCUGCAUAACCUUUCACUGAAUAAAAGUCAGGUCACUUUGAGCGAGCAGGAACAAUCCAAGGAGCCAGAAAGCCUUUUAAAAAUCACUUCAGCUACACAUCAACCCCACCACCUAUACUUUUACCAGCUCCCAGUACAGCUGACAAGAAGCUAUCUCUGCCAUCGUUACAAACCAUCACCAAGACACCUACGAGUUGUUCAAUGUCGUCUUAAUCUUUGAAAGAACUGAAAAAGGAGAGAACAGAGAGAGAGGAGAAAGAGUGUGAGUGCAGUCCUAGGGGACAUGGGGAAGGUUAGCAUCUGGAUGGUGAUGAAAAAAGACAGUCUAAUUACCGACGGUCGGCGUGGCGGUGCCGACCUGGGGCUGCUGGGAGCUGGGGCUGGGAAAAUAUGGGUCACCGAGGCUCUCUCAGCUAGCGCUCAGCUAGCACUGCCUCCCCUCCGCUGCCUGGGUACUGUAGCUAGCCUGUCUGAGUGGAUUAACCAGCGCCACCUCGCCGCCCUGCCUGCCUCCACUUAGGGAAUGGAGCCCUGCAGAACUAUCAUGUCACCUACUAGUCUAUGCCAGAGGACUACGGCACACUGAGAGGAUCGUGUUUCAGAGAGGGUGUGAAUCUGGGGAUUUCUGUGGUGUGUGUUCAUGUGCGUGUGUGCGCCUGCAUGUGUGUGUCUCCCUCAGGAACUGAUGUGGAAAACAGUUCAAUGUUCAAGUAGCUAUGUAUUCAGGAACUGAGAGCAGAAAACAGUUCUAUUGGGCAUGCGUUGGUAUCAUCUUAAACCAAAAGGGACCUUGGUUCAUAUUACAUUAACAGAGAGUAGCUACCAAGCUAUAGCUCAUCAGAAGAGAGGAUUACAUAAAAUCCAGAAAGUCAUGAGAUAGAAAUAGUGUGUCCUGUUUAAUGGGACUUGGUGCGGUAGCCCAUGCUUGUGUGUGUUUGCGUGUGGCAGUGACCCUGUGAAUAAGGAGAUGGCUGGGAAGUGCAGCCUCAGCCUCAAGCCAGCAGCAUAGAAUGCUGAGUCAGCCGCAGCAGCCUCCCCCUGCACAGGACCACAUCACUGCUCUCUCAGUCUCCCCACACAUACCAAACAGCAUGGACUUAAAGGAGACUCAGUGGGUGAGAGAGGGCUAGGGGACAGGUAAAUGUUAUGUUAGCAGAGGAGGAGAAGAGGAGGAGGAGAGAAAUUGAGUUUUCUGGUCGUUUUUCCAAUUCUCUAAAUAUAUGGUAACUCAAGCAAAAAAGUAAUGCCCUUGUGAUGACAAUGCCUCAACACACCCACACAGUCACAGGCAUAGACACACACAAUUGCAGAAACAAACAAACACAGUACUGCCUUUAGCAGAGCAGAUCUUUGCUGCAGAACACAAGUCUCAGCUGGCAGAAUGGUACUAGACAUUGUGCUUAGGGGUAAUCCAAUAAGACCCCCUGCAGCGCGACUGUCUCAAGAACAUCUCCAAUAAAAACUCCACUAAACAAACAAGAGUCGGCCCCAGUCGUCACAUUAACCAUCACACCAGUGGCAGAUGUUUGCACUAAGGCCUGGCUGCUUUGAAGACUGCCAUCGGCCAGUUGAAUAGUCACUGCAUGGUUUAAUGUGAUAUGUUUGGACUGAUAGAGGGGCAUUGAAUCCCUUUUCUCUCUAAUCUCACUGAUCCCUCCCUGGGGGCUUCUGGUGAAGGGAGGUCAUCUCUCGGAUCUUAUUCUCUCUCUCUUUCCUCCCUCCUUCUCCCUGUCCCUCUCUCUCAUGGCGUUUCUCACUGUUCCCCACAGAGCACCAGAACCAUGCGAGGGACCUGGUGAGAGAGACUGAUCUGUCACAGUGGGACGCUCUGGUCAUCCUGUCAGGAGACGGGCUGCUGUUCGAGGUGCGCCAAGUAUAGACACCGCAUUAACACAUUUCCAGCCUAGCUAACUUGUCUAAGGUCUCCCUAAGACUGUUUGAAUAAGCAGUGGGGUUUGUGGGGUACAACUCUCAGUUGGAGGAUCAUGGCCUGAUGCUGUUUGUGUGUGUUUGCCUGUCCUGUCAGGUGUUGAAUGGUCUUCUGGAGAGAGAGGACUGGGAGGAGGCCAUCCAGACCCCACUGGGCAUCUUACCAGGGGGCUCGGGAAACGCCCUGGCAGCCUCCGUCCACCACUACACUGAGUAAGUCCACUAAUGAGACAUUUAAAUGCAUAGAGUACAGUAGAAUGGAAUACGAUAGGAAAACCGGCCUGGACAAAGGUGAUUUAUCCCAUUUCUAUGGGUGUAAUUAUCACAUUGGCUGACUGGGCAGAGUAGGCACAUUUCUCCAGAGACAGGGGAGAGAUAUGAGUCCCAGUGUCUGCUUCAGCUUCACACUUCAUAAAGUCCAAGAAGAGGGAUUAUUUGAGGGUUGCUGAUAACUACUUUUAAUGAAGUGAUGUAAUGGGUUUUAGAGAAACUGGAAAUUCGGUGCACUACUACUAGUGUCUUAUUACUGGACCGGCUUUAUUACUGCUGUUUGUGAAAUAUGUAAAAUAUGAGCCCCCUACUUUUACAACAUCAACAGAUAACAACAACAAAAUACACAGGUAUAACAUCAGAUAUCUAUCACAGUUUAAUAAAGCUUUGCAACCUAUGAACAACCCUAACUCUAACACCCCGGUUCAAACCUAACCCAGCUAACCGUAGCAACAACCCUAACCCUAGCUUCAUGUCCACACCCCGGUUCAACCCUAACCCCAUUAUCUUACAGUCAGACAGUGCAGAUGGUUAUGUUUAAAGUACUGUAACUGUCCAGUGUUUCCAGAUUUCUAUGAAAUAUGACCUAUAAUUACUUACAAUAUGAGUUAAAUAGUUUUCCUUCCAUAAAAUGGUAAUUAAGAAUGUUAAAAAGCAGCUUUUCUGUGUUGGAAUGGUGUGGGCAUACCCCAACAACAGAAUGGUGUGGGCGUACGGUAUACCGGUCAUUACAAAUAUUAAUGUGAGUAGACUGCUGAUUGGCCAGCUCAUCCUCCUCUAGACCGCUGAUUGGUCAGCUCAUCCUCCUCAGGAGUAUGACAUCAUACUCUAUGAGGAGAUGCAAGCAUUUUUGAAACGGUGAGUUUGAGAUAGUUUUAGUUGGGGUUAAUUAAGUGUUUUUUUCCAAGUUAUACUUUGGCCACAAAAAUGAGUAUAGGACGAGUCAACAACCUUAUUUGGGUAAGAGUUAGCAGAAUAUGAACUUAAAAGUGAGAUUUUCACUGGACAGUUACUUUAAAACAAUGGGAUUAGGGUUUAACCGGUGUGUGGACAUGAACCUAGGGUUAGCUUUAGGGUUAUGGUUAGAGUUAGGGUUGAACCGGGGUGUGGCCAUGAAGGUAGGGUUAGGGUUAUGGUGAGGGUUACUGCUGUAAGUACAAUGUAUUACCAUUCUAGGGUUAGGGUUAGGGUCAUUACUUUUAGGUGAGGGAGUAGCUCCGGCUCAAUUGAACCACAGACUGAUACCUAACUGCCCCAGUCUACUGUGAGCUGACUACUACUCCCUGCAGGUCUUCCCCGGCCUUGGGUGAGGAGCUGCUGCUGAGCUGUGGCUUCCUGCUGUGUAAAGGCCUGGUGUCUCGGCUGGACCUGGUCUCUGUCCACCUGGCCUCCAGCCAACGCAUCUUCUCCUUCCUCUCCCUGGCCUGGGGCUUCGUGGCCGACAUCGACAUCGAGAGCGAGAAAUACCGCCUCGUGGGCGCAAUGCGCUUCCUGGUGGGUACGCUGGUGCGCCUGGCCUCCCUCAGGGUGUAUCAGGGUAGGCUGGCAUACCUGCCUGUCAAGGAGGCCCUGCAGCCAGGCCAGGGCACCAAGGCCCAUGCCCCUCCCUCCACACCCCAGCACUCCUCCCUCUGCUCAUCUCUACCCUGUGGGCCCAACAGCUCCCCCAAUCAGAACUCUCGCCACAACCACAGCACAAACUCCAACCACAACACCGCCCAUAACUCCUCCAACAAUGCCAUCACCACCAUGAGGACGGAGCCCCAACCAGCCAACCAGAAGGGGCCUCCUGACUCGCUCCUAGCAGACCUGGAGCAGCCUGUGCCUGAGCAUUGGACAGUAGUGAAUGAGGAAGACUUUGUACUGGUAUUGGCCAUGUUCCAGUCCCACUUGGCUGAGGACAUGUUUGCCGCCCCUGGGGCCGCAGCAGACGACGGCUUCAUCCACCUGUUGUAUGUGCGUGCAGGCAUCUCCCGGCUAGCCCUGCUCAGACUCUUCAUGGCCAUGGAGAAGGGGGCCCACCUGGCCAUUGACUGCCCACACCUUGUGUACGAGAGGGUGAAGGCCUUUCGCCUGGAGCCUCUCACCCCUGAGGGAGCGAUCACUGUGGACGGGGAGAUGGUGGAGUACGGGCCAGUACAGGCCCAGGUUCAUGAAGGAAUCGCCAGGCUCAUCUCAGGCUGA